UUCUGCACUGCCAUAAAUUGCAAAUUUUAAAGUGUCAUUGCAAAAAGAAUUAAAAACAGCGGUUGUAAACUAAAUUGCACCCUGUAAUUUAAACAAUAGUUUGACAGUCGUGAUUACUUGGGAACUGCCAUUGCAGAGCCACGAUGAAGAGGAGCACCACCCAGAUUCUAGCCAAGCUGAGGGAGCUGAUGCUGCGGGCCCAGGUGGGCGACUCCAGCGGCAUAUCGGCGUACAUAGUGCCCUCGGACGACGCCCACCAGUCGGAGUACCAGUGCCAGCACGACGAGCGCCGCUCCUUUGUCAGCGGAUUCGAUGGCUCCGCCGGCACGGCGGUGGUCACCACCGAUACCGCCCUGCUCUGGACCGACGGGCGGUACUACCAGCAGGCGGAGAAGCAGCUGGACUCCAAUUGGGUGCUGAUGCGCGAUGGCCUGACCACCACGCCCUCGAUUGGCGCCUGGUUGGCCAAGAAUCUGCCCAAGGGCAGCUUUGUGGGCGUGGAUCCCCGCCUGCUUUCGUUCCGCGUGUGGAAGCCCAUCGAAACGGAGCUAAAUUCGGCCGAGUGCCAGCUGGUGCCCAUUGAAAAGAACCUCAUCGACGAGGUCUGGGGCGAGGAUCAGCCGGCGCAGACUUCCAACACGAUCAUCAGCCUGAAACUGGAGUAUUCCGGCGUGCCGGUAGCCAAAAAAUGGCAGGUGGUGCGCAAGCAAUUGAAGGACAAGAAUGUGGAUGCUCUGGUGGUCAGUGCCCUGGAUGAAAUCGCUUGGUUCCUGAACCUUCGCGGCUCGGACAUUGACUUCAACCCAGUAUUUUUCUCCUACUUGAUUGUCACCCACGACGAGCUACUGCUCUUCGUGGACUCUGGCAAACUGCCCGCCGACUUUGCCCAGCAUCAAACGGAGAACAAUGUCAAGAUAAGCGUUUUGCCAUAUGCUUCUAUUGGCUUGGAAAUCAGCAAGAUUGUGUCGUCGAAGGAGUCAAAGAUCUGGAUUGCACCCACCAGCAGCUACUACCUAACUGCCUUGAUACCCAAGUCACGUAGAAUUCAAGAGGUGACGCCCAUCUGUGUGCUAAAGUCCAUCAAGAACGACGUCGAGAUCGAGGGCUUUGUCAACAGCCACAUUCGCGAUGGAGUCGCUCUGUGUCAGUACUUCGCCUGGCUUGAAGAUCAAGUAAACAAAGGUGCGGAAGUCGAUGAAAUAUCUGGCUCCGAUAAGCUGGAAUCUUUCCGGGCCUCGAAAGACAAGUACAUGGGCCUCAGCUUCACUACAAUCAGUGCUUCGGGCCCCAACGGCUCGGUUAUCCACUAUCAUCCGAAGGAGGAGACCAACAGGAAGAUAAACGACAAGGAGAUCUAUCUGUGCGAUUCGGGAGCACAAUAUCUGGAUGGCACCACGGAUGUAACGAGGACUCUGCACUUUGGUCAGCCCACCGAAUUCCAGAAGGAAGCCUACACGCGCGUUUUGAAGGGCCAACUAAGCUUCGGCGCCACCGUCUUUCCGGCUAAGGUUAAGGGCCAGGUUUUGGACACUCUGGCGAGGAAGGCCCUGUGGGACGUGGGCUUGGAUUACGGACACGGCACCGGCCAUGGAGUGGGUCACUUCUUGAACGUUCACGAGGGACCCAUGGGUGUGGGCAUUCGUCUGAUGCCCGACGAUCCCGGUCUCCAGGCGAACAUGUUUAUUUCCAACGAGCCUGGCUUCUACCAGGACGGAGAGUUCGGCAUUCGUGUCGAGGACAUUGUUCAGAUUGUUCCCGGCCAAGUGGCACACAACUUCGCCAGCCGUGGCGCCCUGACUUUCAAAACUAUCACCAUGUGCCCGAAGCAAACUAAAAUGAUCAAAAAGGAGCUGCUGUCCGAUGUGGAGAUAAAGCUGCUCAAUGCCUAUCAUCAGCAAGUUUGGGAAACUCUUUCGCCAAUCUUGUCGCGCGACGGAGACGAGUUUACUUUGUCCUGGCUUAAGAAGGAAGUUCAGCCAAUUUAAUACCAUUUUAACGUGUUCUUUUUUCGACAGUCAUAUCUAUUAUUCUGUCACAUACUCUGUUCUCAAGACUAAACUAUUAAAAAUGCUUUUAUAUAUCUUUAAAAAAAAGCUAACUAUACAAAUGCACUUUGAUUAAAUGAUUUUUUGCAAAAAAAAA